UCGAGUAAGAAUAGAAUGAUUAUCGUUUUGAAGGGCGCUAGAGAAAUCGAUUUGCUUCAAUGGGUGCGUCCUAGCUAGAGUGCGACGAUCGAGUGGGCACUUCGCGGUGCCACUAGGAUGAACAAAGGUAGGAACGGCCCGAGAGGGCAGCAGCAACAGCAGCAACGUCCUGUAGGCGGGCGACCGAGGAAGGGCAGCCGAGGGCCUCCGGAAGACGUAUUAGAAUUUGAUGAAAUCCGCUUCCCCGUUCGUUUGAGUAGCGAUCCAGACGACGACUUCGAUGAUUACGAAUUCGUGGCAGAGGUCACGACGCCAAAUGGCGGACUAGAGGAGGGUACAAUUCUGGUGAAGGGAGAAACGCUCUUAGUACGUUAUCGGCCUCUGCGAGCUGGCAAGCAUGUUGUGAAGGCGCUCGCCGAUGGCACCGGCGUCUGCCCGCCUCAGCACUACUUGGUGAAGGAGGAUGGAUCGUGUCAGCGAAUCAAUGCCAAGACUUCCCGGCCAUCUUCGGCCGACGCAAAGGGCGCGGCGGCCAGACCAGGUUCAGCUGGCUCGAGUCGCUCACGUUCUUCCAGCGUUGGUUCAGCGGGCGGUGAUGUGGGUUUGAGAAGGGCUGAAUCGAACCUUUCGCGUGCCAGUCGCAUGUCUGAAACGUCACUGGAUCGACUAGCCAACGCACCAACACAAUAUUCCGUGCCUGGUUCACCAUCGGAUGGGCCCUCAUCAAGACGUAGCUCUACGUCGAGCCGAGCAAGUGGAGAGGACGAUGCAUUUGAAGAUGAAGAGGACGACGCUGAGGAAGAACCUGACGAAGAGGAGGAAGAAGAAGAUGAUGAUGAUGAGGAUGAAGAUGAAUAUGAUGAUGACCCUGCCUACGAAGUUCCUCGACCUGAACCAUCUGGAAGAUACAGACAAGGUGCUGGUGGUGCGACUGGGGACCGCUCCCAGCAGCAAUCCAAUCAAAGAGCACCUCCAAGGCUUGGCCAGUCAGCUGGCAUCCCGCCAGGACGCAGCAGAGGUGGCCAGCAGCCACAGACUCAGCACCGUACCGGUCAUCGGUCCGUGUCGACAAGUGCAAUUGCAAACUCACGGGGCAGCAGUCACGGUGGUGCACAGACACGAAAUCGGUCCGCGUCCCACGCCAUCAACCAGCUGGCACAAUCCCAAGCAACUGAAGUCUUCACGUCGCCCAGCGGAAACAUGUUCAUUUUCCAGAACGGUCAGACGCAUCAGCUGAAGAACAUGGGUCAGUCGGCGAGCGGCUCAACCCUGGCCAAGGGGCCGAAUGGUAAAAUGUGGAUGGUGCGUGAUGGCGUGGCUACGCCAUCACAACCCCAAGGCAGCCAGAAGAUGUCAUUGACGAUCAGUGAGGGUGAUGGUACAGGCCUGCAAAGGUGUGCUGCGUGUUAUCGUAAACUGAAAAAGAAGAAGGACAGAGCACGUGUUGAUCAGCUGCACUUCUGCCGCAAGCACUUCAAGAAGAUGUUCUGUCGACGUCCGGCGUACGAACACAAGCGGUUUCUGGAAGAGGCACCGCAAGCUUCAGAUUGGAGUGAUCUGCCUAUACCCACGGCUAACUUUACUGGUCUGAGCUUCAAGGAGUAUCACAAAGCGCAGGCCGAGUUUAGCAAAUACGACCCAGAUGGCUCCCGUGUAGUGAACAUUGGCCUGGCCAGACCCUUGCUCACAAACAGACUACAAGCACACCCACUAAAGGAAGACAAGGUCAGGCAGUAUAUGAUGACACAGCGCUUCAACAAAUCGAUCUAUGACAUGGGUGUGCACCAGAGUGAAGCCGUGACCGAGCUGCAGUUCCUCAACCUGCUGGCCAUGGUCGUUCGCGAGAUGACGCAGAAAUGGAUGAAGAAGGUCAGCAUGGAGAUGCAGCCAAUGCAGAAGUCCUGGAGCACUAGUGCGUUGGAACAGGGCCAACGUCCUGCCGGAUCGUUCUCGCAGCAGUAUGUACCGUAUCCCGGACAGGCCCCCAACAAGUAUGGUCUGACGCCUGGCCGAUCCGGCUUCCGUCCUGUCAACAGCAGCCGCAGCUCCGGUAGAGCAAGAGCUGGUAGUGGUGGCCAAUCUAAAGCACAGAGCUCUGAGUAUGCAUCGCUUCAAUUCGAGAAUGGCCGCCGUAAGCUUCCAGCGCGGGAGGACCCGGAGGGCCUGGCUGAAGAAGAGGAUGCGUACGACAGGCUACAAGCAAGACAUUACAGUGACGAAGAGGAACCAGGCGAUAAGAAAACUUACACUAUCUUUGAGACUGAUGAACCAAAUCCCACUGAUGCCGAGGCGUCCGUAGCUGUCCUUGAUGAUGAUGAUGCGGAAGAAGAUGAAGAUGACAUAGAGGAAGACGAAGAUGACGUAGAGGAAGGCAUCAGCAAAAAUGUGCUAGCGGAUGCUCUGGGAGAUGACGAUGAUGAUGAAGAUGAUGACGACGAUGAUGAGGAUGAAGACAGCAGCAUCAGUGUUCCGAUAACCGGUGACUCGGCAGCGGAUUCCUGGCUAAUGUACUGACACAGUGUACACGUUAGACGUGCAUGCAGACCUCAGUGAAGCUGUUUCACCACUCCAUCUUGCCGCUUUGCUAAACUGAGCCCUCGCUCAGAAAUGGCAAGAUAUGACGGCUAUCUAAGACAGUCCUGGAGCAUUCAACGAAAGCUCCACACCUACUACUCAAACGCGUACUACUCUGAUCAUCAUUUUCUCUCAGCAACAGGCAAACGCUCAAGCCUGAUCUGUGCUUCAUACUGCUAGCUCGUCAUCAGUAGCCGUGGUAUGAUCGGUAGAUGUGAUGAUUGUUAAGAUGCAGAAACAGGGCAGCACCAACUUCUAGUGAAUGUGCUGACUUAUCCAUCAUAAUGAUAUUAUCGGCAGCUUGCUGCUGACCGCAUAACACACUCUGCCUGAAUUCCUCCUCAUGCACACAGUCCAAUCCGAACACAGAGACCUUCCAAUCAAAUAUCAGCUACAUCCACGGACUACCCUUUUGUUUUGUCUUAAUUUUCACAAUGUCUUUCAAAAAAUUGUAUGCAACCUCCAUUCAGCCCUUCCCAUCAAUGAUAGUCCGUAUUCUCUUUAUGCCAACAGUGAUAGUUGAGGUCGACCUCUGAUAUUCCUCCGAUAUUCCUCCGGUAUUGAAUUUUUUUAUAAAGCAUUCUAUUUUUACAUCCUUUCCUGUAUCUGAUAACCGGAAAGGUUGCUUUAGUUAUGUGUGAGCAUAAUUUGUGAUGCAUUGUGAUCGGCAGCGCUCCAGCAAAUCACUUUGACUUGUUAAAAUUACAUUACGAUGCUGG